AUGACAAAUAAUUUCCAAACAGUAGUAGGCGAAGGUGGAUUCGGUGUCGUGUGCCACGGUACUCUAAAUGAUUCCGAACAAGUAGCUGUUAAGGUUGUUCUUCUUCUAAGAGUUCACUAUACAAAUUUGGUGAACCUCGCUGGAUAUUGCGAUGAAGGAGAUCAUUUGGCUCUUAUCUAUGAGUUUAUGCCAAAUGGAGAUUUAAAACAACAUCUAUCUGGAAAACGUGGUGAAUCCAUUUUCAAAUGGGGCAGUCGGCUGCAAAUAGCUCUGGAGGCUACACUAGGUUUGGAAUAUCUACAUGUUGGAUGCACACCGCCAAUUGUACAUAGAGAUAUCAAAACGACAAACAUAUUGUUGGACCAACAGUUAAAGGCUAAGAUCGCCGAUUUUGGCCUUUCAAGAUCUUUCCCUGUUGGAGGUGAAACCCAUGUUUCAACUGUUGUUGCUGGUACACCUGGAUAUCUUGAUCCAGAGUAUUACCAUACAAGUCGGCUGGGUGAGAAGAGCGAUGUGUACAGCUUUGGAAUUGUGUUAUUGGAAAUGAUCACAAACCAACCAGUGAUUGACCAAUCCCGUGAAAGGUCUCACAUAGCGCAGUGGGUUGGGUUUGAGCUCAACCGAGGAGAUAUUACUAGGAUUAUAGAUCCAAACUUGCACAGGGAUUACGAGUCUCGUUCUGUAUGGAGAGUUCUUGAACUGGCGAUGUCGUGCGUGAAUCCUUCUUCACUAAACCGACCAAAUAUGUCCCAGGUUGCUAAUGAACUGAAAGAGUGUCUUGCGUCUGAAAAAUCGAGGAGAAAUAUGAAUAUGGACUCUCAGAGUUCUCCUGAAGUGAGCAUAAGCUUUGACACUGGGAUGUUUCCGAGGGCAAGAUAG